CUCGCCGACUGCCGCCGCCACCGCCUCACUCUUAUCCGCGACUGCAAGGUGGUACAUCUAUAUUUUCUGGCAUAUGGCCGCGCGUAGCAGCCCCGUGCCGAGGGAGUCACCUGAGCCGCGCCUAUAGCAGCAGAGCUCUCGUGGCGAUUGCUACGGCGGACCCCACCGCGUUCCACGGAGGCCCCUACGUACAAGCGCGGUCACUGCUUUGCGAGUGAGCGCCAGGAAACAGAUAAUCUGGGGCAACCGAUGCAACACCUCAUAGCUGCACACCGCGCAUUGCUGCACACAACGCAUAGCUGCACACAGCGCAUAACUGCACACAGCGCAUAGCUACCUACAGCGCAUAGCCGCACACAGCGCAUAGCUGCACACAGCGCAUAGCUGCACACAGCGCAUAGCCGCACACAGCGCAAAACAACGUCACCCCUCAUGGCUGCACACCGCGCGCAGCUCACGGUUGCUCACAGCGCUCGAGCACGGCGCAUGACGUCGUCAUGGCGACCACGCGUCCUCGGAGGAGAGAGGGACGGCAUGGCACGGACGCUUCAGCCGAUGCCCCGAAUCGACCAGGAGCGACCCCCCAAAACACCAGGCUCCUGAGCAGCCUUUGUUCGCAGCUCGGACCUCCUCUAUCGAUGCCGUUGGCCGCCGCACGUUGCAGCCAGUCACUGCAGCAACUGCCGCGAGCGCCCGCGCGCUCCCCGUCUGCGUGGGCGACGCUGAAGGCGGCAGCCCGAGACCUCGGAGCACGCGGCCCCGCGCUCGAGCAGCAGCGCCGCCUCCCCGGGCAUCUCAGAGCUCCGAGGCGUGGCCGUGGCCGUGGCCAUGGUCGUGGCCGCCGUGGUCGUGGCCGCCGUGGUCGUGGCCGCCGUGGUCGUGGCCGUGGUCAUGCUCCAGGUCGCCGAUGCGCAGCAGGCUCCAGACGGCCAGCACCCCGAGGGCGGCGCAGAACGCCCUGGCCAGCGCCGCGCCUGUGCCGGCGUGGUGGCUCCGGAUCGACUCGGAGACCUGGGGGAAGAUCAUGUUCAGCGAGAGCGCCAGGAACGAGCCGGCCGUGAAGGCGGAGAGGUACCGCCGCUCCACGCCGUUGGCGGCCGCGGCGCCCACCACGUGGACGGUGCCGACGCCGGCGACGCAGGUGAGGGAGACGAGGAAGUUCCAGAAGAGCAGGCGCCCCGUCGAGAACCCCGCGGCCCGCAGCACCAUGAAGUCCCCCACUGCCUGGGGCAGCUCGUGCACGGCGACCGCCAGCGCGGUGGCGAGCCCGCUGGUCAUGCCCGACACCCAGGCGACGCCGAGGGACAUGCCGUCCGCAAAGUUGUGCAGCGUCCGUCAGGAGAUUGGCCCAACCGAGCGCGGCAUUGUGAUCGUGCCCGCUGUGACUGAGCAGCUCGGGAAUGGCGAGCACGGCCAUGCACCCCAGCGUGGCGGCAAGGCCGACGUUGACCAUGCUCGUGUCGUGCCCCGCGCCCUCCAGGGAGUGGGGCAGCAGGUGCAGGAGGGCGUCCGCCACCAGCACGGUGCCCGCGAAGGCCAGGCUGCCGUACUCGACCACCUUGUGGAGCCUUGGGGGCGCCCGACUCAAACCUUGAGGAGCGCCAGCAGCAAGACGCCGACGAAGCUCACCACGCUCAUCGCCAGCGCGGACACGUAGGCGCCGAACCACUGGGGGUCGAGCCCAGCAGACUCGGCGUACGCGCCGAGCCACUCGUGCCCAAAGUCAAGGUGGCCGUGGCCCUCGUGGCCGUGGUCGUGGCCGGCGUGGUCCUCGUGGCCGCGCUCUCCGUGGCCGUGCUCCCCGAGGCCGUGGUCGUGGUGGCCGUGCCCCUCGUGGUGGCCGUGCUCCGCGCGGCCGUGGUCGUGGUGGCCGUGCUCCGCGUGGUGGCCAGGCUCCUCGUGGCCGUGGUCGUGGUGGCCGUGCUCCGCGUGGCCGUGGUCGUGGUGGCCGUGCUCC